AUGGCUUGCGGAAACGGAGGUACUUACAACCUCUCAACGAGUAAGUGCGACUGCAAGAUAGGAUGGUCUGGAAGUAUAUGCGACACAGCUCCACAAAAUUGUUCCGUUCUCUCGACAUUGGGCUACACCGCUGGAACUUACUGGGUGGACAUUAUCCCGAGUUCAGGAGGCGCUCCCAAGACGAUUCUAUGCGAGCUGACAUCUUCGUUAACUCUGAGGAAUUACAUCUUCAGCAACAGCGGAUCGUCGUAUCACAACAGAACAUGGGCUGAAUAUGUCGCCGGAUAUAAAGUAGACAAUGACAACUUCUGGCUUGGUUUGGAUUUAAUGAACGCCUACGCCAUGUCGGGUGGAAAGAGUUUCAAAAUGGAAGCAGUGUUUAGCAAUAACGCCAUCACUGCAGUCUGGGGAAACAGCGGCGUCACCAUCAGAGAUGGAAGUGUUAAAUAUCAGCUCACGUUUUCUGGCACUUCUUCAACGGCGUCUGGUUCCUAUUCUGUGAGCUUGCAGGCUUGUUUGUCGUCUGGCAAAGUCUUUUCCACAUGGGACCUAGACAAUGACGGAGAUACAGGAUCCAAUCUGGCGUCCUUAGCAGGUGCUGGCUGGUUUUUCGGUUCUUCAUUAACUUGUAAUCCACUCGGUCGUCUCAAAAGCUCUCUGCCAGAAGGACAGACAGACGGACAGAUCCUGCUACCAAAUUUAGACAUGGUGAGUGGUGGAUACCUCCCAUAUUUUCAAUACGUCAAAAUGUAUUUUGAAUAA